CAAUAUUCUGAUUGCCGGAGUAUGCCGUCUAACAAUCUGUCUAACAAAUAUACUGCAAAUAGCUUACUAAAUAUUCCUAUAUGUUGAUUUGAUUUGAGCUUUGAAUAUGGAAAAUUUACGCUAAAAAAUAGGAAAGGCCGAAAUAUGGAAGAACUGUCCGAAUUAUUCGAGAAGUUGAAGCUCAACUUCGAGCAGACGAAAGAAGUUGACUUAGGAACCGCUGAUUCAAUCAUAACUGCUCUGCAAAGAAAAGAAGGUAAGCCUAAAUUUCUUAUCUAUAAAACUUAAAAUUGUUUAGGACAAAUUAUUGAAAGUUUCAAGGACCUUAAAGUAUAUUCCUUUUGAUUGCUUUUCAUAGGAAAAUCGAAAAUCGAAAAAUGUGAUAAAAAUCGAGAAUUGAUUCUGGGAUCGAUUGAUUUGGCUCAGGGAAACCAAAUUCUCGACAUUGUUUCUAUGACGUUUCUGUUUUACCAUUUUCGUCAUAAUAAGCAGACUUUUGGAGUUUUUAUGCUUGAAUUUGAAAACAUUUAGGGGCAAGCAGUUCUGUUGAUCAAUUAUGUAGAGUUCUUAAAUUUUUGUAGCCACUUUGGGGUGGGGUAUAAGUAAUAUAAGGGGUGGGGCGGUAUUAAGUAAGUCUAAGAUUAUUUACUUUCUGUAAGUGCUCGUACUUGUCACCAAAAAUGUAAACGUUUAGUUACUUUUAUGAAUUAUUUUUUUAUAUUGAGGUUUACCGAUUAUUCAUCUCAGCUCAAACAUUUACAUAGUUUGUUGUGGUGAAAAUUCAGUAUUGAGAUGAAAUAACAUACUUAACUCAGAUCAUUAUUUUAUUGUAUAGAGAACUAUACAUGACGAAGUUAUGUCUGAGUAAACAUUCCUGGAAGCAACCAUGUUCUUCUUCCUUAGAUACCAAGUCCAAGAAUGUCCUCUGUUUUAUUAUUUUUUUUAAUUAUAAUAUUUUCGUUUAUUUCAUUCAAAUCACACUGAAUGUCCUUCAUGAUCUGUGGGGGGGGAAGGGGAACUCUCUUAUUUGGGCCCAACAGGACGUGGCACCCUGCCCCUAAGCUCUAUGAAUCCCCAUUUUUUUUAGUUAAACUCCACAAUACUCUCCUGCAUGUUGUUGAUCUUUUAAGAGGAGUUGUUGGUAUAUAAAUUUGUUAUAUCUUUUUUAUCUUUAUUUUAGAACAAUUUGAUGAAGCAACAAUCCAGAAAAUUCUUGAGGCCAUCCAGCUGUUGAUGCAAAUAGAUGUAACUGAGAGCAAAGCUAAAGUGUUAAUGCUGAUUGCAGAGCUUGCAAAAGCAGGUCAGAACAAGUUGUGGGGGUAGGCGCGCUCUUUUGUUUGGGUGAGCGAAGUGAGCUGCGCAAGAAUGUGCAAGGGUGCGCAGAUUCAUGUACUUAAGUCCCUUGUAGCUGAUCCCUCACAUGGCACAAAACUGCCAUGCUGGAGAGCAACAGAUGCACUGGGAUAGGAAAAACAGGAAAUAACCAUUUUUAAAUAAUGUAAGCCUUUUGUUUGUCUUAGUGCGUCACUUGCUCUCAUGCUCUCCUGAAUGGCGUUUUUGUACCAUGUGAAUGACUAUAGUUGCAAAGAACCUAUUGGUUUAGAGGGCAUUAAUCAUGAUUUCAAGCAAUGUGUCCAAGGAAAUAAUUUUCAAACAAAUUAAUGUUGUAUUCAUGCUAAGGUUGAAAGUCAGUCAAAUCAAUGUUUAUGGUCAACUCUCUUUAAUGUGUAUCUCUCUAAAAUGAAAAGCUCAAGUUGGUCCCUGCUGUUUGUGGGUCAAUUUUUGGACUCUUUAUGAGGUGGAAACCUCUUUAAGAUGGAUUGAUAUUACAGGUUAAAUUUGAUCUUAGGUUAAAAUUUGUCAGCCUAGUUUGAUUCUCAAUUUCCUUUGUCUUCUAGGGCUAGGAGACAUUAGAAAUCGAGAUUCAACCUAAGUUAAAUCAAAAUUAACCAGAAAUCAAGUUUGACCUUCCUCAUAGACAAUUAGUGUGAGUCCCCACAUUGUUCAUCUGUGACAGAUUUGACUGAAAAGCAACAGGUGCUUCCUAAUAGACAGCAUACAGCAAGGCUUAUUUUGCUUCACCCCUCAACUACCAUCAGGCUAUCCUCUUUUUCUCUCCCUUAGUGUUGUCCAUCGGACCCAAAUUUUUGUGUUUUCUCUCCCCCACAAGAGAUUUUGAAAACAGUCAUUUAUGCAUAAUUAAUCAUACAGAUUAUUUUAUAGCACUUAUUAAUGCUAAAUGUCAACAAAUAACUUCUCUUUUGGUAGAAAUUUGUGAUUUCAUUUCAGAGGAGAGCAGAGUUCCAUGUGUAAAGGCAGGGCUUAUUACUACGAUCUUAUCCCUUCUUGAAAGUGAGGAUUCAAAUGUUGUUUUGCAAGCUUUAAGAGCCAUUGGAAAUAUCAGCUAUGAAAAUGGUAGGUGUACAUUUUGUGGGUUAAAUCCAGAAUUUUUUUUGGUCUCCAAUGAGUAAUUAGGGCUAGAAAACAAAGCAAUUUCUUGUCUUCAAAGUUAAUUUCCUAUAAAAUAUAAGAGUUACAUGUACCACUAAACAUUUGUGAUCAUCAACCUCUCCCAGUACAGGGGGAGGUUUGCCUCAGAAGUCCAUUACUUUAUCUUCAAGUGUAUUUUAUUUUCCUUGGGGAUAUGAAAUCAUUAUAUUUCUGCAAAACCAUCAGAUGGCCAAGGGUUUAUAUCAAGUGAUAUUUUUUGUUGUAGAGCAAGCAAAAUCAGUGUUAUUAGAGAACAAAGGAGCUGAGAAGAUUGUGAAGACUCUUGGAGUUCUGGAAAAGAGCUUUGAUGAGAAAAGUGAUAACAGAGUAGAGCUAGCUGCAUGUGGCUCCAUGCUGAACGUGGCAAGUGAUGAUGGUAUGGAGAAAAAACUUCAGUUUUCACCAACAGUUUAUUUUGCAGAUAUUUUUGGGAAGUGUGGAAAAAUGGUUAACUGUAUCCAAUGAACAAAAAAAGGGUAGCCAACAAUCCAAGCUUAAGGAGAGGUUAAAUAUCGUCUGGGGUUACAUACAAACUGUAACAUCAUGGCUACCAACCUUUUAUGGGAACACUUGCAUUUCUAACUCAUGCCUGGGCCUGCUGGCCAAUUCCUUCCCUCAAAUCAAGGAAAAGUGUAAGAAAUAGGCUUUUUGAAAUUGUGAGAGUUUGCUCAUUGUCAUCGUAGAGCUCAUAGAUGAGAUGGCAUCGGUAAGCAUGCUGGUUUGGGCUUUGGCCACUUUUUUCCAUUUUUCACCCCUUUUCAGGUUUUCUUUCAUAUCCCUCUUAGAGGGGAGUGAAUAGGCGAAUGGAUUGGCGGAUUUUGAAAAUAUUUUUGCCCGGAUUUUGGAUUCAAAGCGAGAUUUUAAUGGGUUUCCGGAUCCUGCAAUUGCAGCAGAUUACAGAUUCUUCCUUUUUCUGGGCCCGGAUUUUGGACUUUGCGUGUAAUAAAAGUAUUUUUGCCCCGAUUUUGGAUUCAGGCGAAAUUGUAACGGCGGAUUUGCUUAAUAAAUCAUAACGGAUCGGUGGAUUUGCAUACCCCUAUUCACCACUCUCCUCUUAUUCCUGUCCCAUUUUUCACCACUUGCCCACCAACACUCUGAUCAUAACAUUAUAUUUUGAUGCAUAAUGCUUGGUUUUUAUUCCUACAGAGGCUCUAGCCGAUGAGGCAGUAUCUUUUGGAGCAGUCUCAUUUCUGUUUGGCUUUGUUAAGCAAAGUGUUCACAGCAAUCCAUGUCUCUGUAGGAUGGCUUUGUCAGCAUUAUCUGUGCUGGUCUUGUCAGGUAAAUGAUAACGUUUUGAAGGUCCCUGUAAAAAAUAAGUCAAUUUUAGAAUGAGGCUCUCCUAGGGGGUUACGUAUGCCCUUAGUCUGAAUUUCAAACCUGUCGUUUUAAUGUAUAUGCGCUUUUCUCUGUUGCUGCCUCUGUUUCAAGCCAUCUUUGUGUGGUUUGUCACCAUUUCUGCUGUCCUAUGCCACUGUUUCAAGGCCAUGUUGCUUGUUGGAAUCUUACCCUAACAAGGCCUCCAGAACAGAUAUGGACUUAAGGGGGCCUACAAUUUUUAAUUACAUAUUUGAGGAGAGGAGCUAGAAAGGAAGAAAAAAUUGUUUUCCGUAUUCAUUUUCCUAAAUCAUGAAAGCACACAGUUCAGCCAAAUUAAUUUUAAUCAAAUUGUUCUUAAAAAGAUGUAGUUCAUUUCCCUAAACUUUUAGGAUUGGAUACUUAUGUUGUUGUUAGUAUACUUUAUGAAGACCAUUGUUAUUUUGUUUCUAUAGGAAUGGUUAAAUUGAGAGAGAGUAAUAGAGGGACAUAAACACUUUUAUAGCCCAAAAGAUGGAGGCCUUUUUUUCUAUUUAAUGCUGAUGUCAAGUAGCUGCUGGCUCCACUAGCAACUAUGGUUGUUCUAGGCAGCCAGUACUCUAACUUUACUUUCAAUAUUUUCAUUUUUGUAAUUUAUUUUUACGCAAAAGUGAGUGCAAAUAAAAAUUGUUGUUGUUGUUGCUGAGUAGAGGAUUUGCCUGCCUUCACAGAUAAGGGAAAAGCAAGUUUUUUGGAGAGUGAAGGUGUGGCCAUUUUAAAGAAGGUUGCACAGGAAUCAGAUGACAAUGAACUGAUUGACUUGGUGUUUGAGAUUCUGUCCUCUAUUAUUGUUGAUGGUAAAUACGUGUUUUUUUUUGUUGCAACUCUCUUUGGGAGGGAAAAACAGACCUGAGUGAGCAGCUAAAUGUUAACCCCACAAGCAAGAUUGAAUUAGUGAUUUUUUUGUGCGAGAGUAAGUUCAGGCAACUGUCUUGUAAUAGACAUUUCUAUAAGAUGGACGCCUUGGUAAAACAAACAACCAGAGUUGGCCCCUGGUUUUCUUUACCCCUUUUAGUUGACUAUCUAUAAGACGAACAUCACUCUUUGACAGACACGUAAAAGUAUCCUUCUUAGAGAGGGCUGACUGAAAUUAAAAGUACUGGUAACAAGAGCAAAAACUAUUGGUAGCUAAAAAUGUUUUUAAAAUGGGUAUUUCAGUAAACUUCCCAAAUUUCCACUGAUCAAACCUUCCAUGGAACAUCAUAAUGCUGACUGAUUCUUUUGUGAAAAUUUUUUUUUUCUCAUCAGAUAAUGUGAAGAAAGCACUUGCUCAGCAUGGGUUUGCUGAACAUCUGGCAGAUGUUGUAUCUUCAUUGCAAAAUGAAAAGGAUGAAUAUUUACAGCAAAGAGUGCAGUCAUCGGCUGACUUCAUUGUAAUGCUACUUAUUGAAGGUUAUAAGAUUGUUUGUAUUCUUAAAUUCUGUUGUACCUCCCAUCUGUAAGCCUCCCUCUGCCAGGACUGCAAAUAAUAACUUUGUCUUUUAGAAAGGACAUACAUGUAUGUCAAACGAAAUUUAGCAAUGAAUUCAUUUAAUCAGACAAACCGGACAAGUUGUUAGAUGUACCAUGUAUUGAAUUUCAGUUCCUUUAAGUACCAGGUUAGUCUUCAGCUCCAAAAUGAUAGUCAUUCACAUUUGAUCUGUCUGUUUAUUAUGUUUGACUGCAUGUAAGAUUUUGCUGGAUGUUUGCAGAUUUUAAAGGGACUUGUCCAAUGUCUGACUGUGAUUUGCAACUCUCCCUUUUCCUAACACGACUCCUUGAGAAAAACAGUUUUUGAAUGGCUUUUCAAAGAACAAAUUAUCUUACAGGUAAAAAUUAAAUCCAGGUUGAAAUUAUUUAUACUAGGUGGCCUCUCAAUUUCCUCUGUCCCGUAGUCCUUACUAAUGAAUUAUUAAGUCUAAGAGACAGAGCAAAUUGAGAAACAAACUAGGUUAAAAAAUAUUAACCUGAACUUAAUUUUGACCUGUAACAAAUAAUAUUAUUUUGUAUUUUGUUCUUCAAUGCAGAUGAAAGCAUGAAAAUGUUGUUCAGUGAAGGCAAUGGUCCUGUUUUAAAAACAUGUUUAUCUUGGUUGUCAUCUGGAGAUCAACAUCUUGAGAUUUCUGGUUGUCUGGCUCUCGGAAACUUUGGUAGAUCAGGUAAGAAGCAAACUUAUACCACCGUUAUCAUUCAGGUGAUGUCAUCAUAGAUAAAGUGUAUCUGGGGGUUUUCUAUCCAACAGGGAAUGUUGAAGCCCUGUUAGGGUAAAAUUUGGACAAACAGCAUAGCCUUGAAAGGGCAUCAAAAGACAUUAUUUUGAAAUGGUGAUAAAUGACACAAAGAUAAUAGGGUUGAAACUGGGACAGCGGUGAAGACAUAUACAAACAGGGUGAAAGGAAAUUUGACCCUCCACAAAACAGUGCCCAAGAAAUUUGCCAGCUCUCUCCCUAAUAAUUAAUGGCCACCCCCUAAAAUUAUAUCAACACAGACAUACUCAAAAUGACAAGUUUUGAAAUUCAGAUGAGGGACAAACCUACCCCUCUCCCCUUAAGAGGGCCUCUGUUUUGUUAUUUUGACAUACUAAGUUCUACUCUUGUCUGUCCAUAGAUGAAAACUGUAUCAAGCUUGUGGAGCAGGGAGCUCAUAAAUAUUUGCUGCAACUACUUGCACGAACUUCAAACAGUGAGGUAACAGGGAUGGAAUAUUAAACAGCUGUGGUAUAUUGAUCUUAUUUUGAAUUGUUGUCUUUCUUUUUGUGUUCAUUCCUUUCCUGGACUGCAAAAGAAAAUGAACUCCAAAUGUUGAAAGAGCGUGGCACUAUUAUCUGUGAUCUUUGAUUCCAGGAGGAUUCCAGGAGGAUUCCAGGAGAUUCCAGGAGGAGGCACAAGAGAAGCCGUAUUUAUUAAACUCCACAUCUCUUUUGCCACUUUGAACAUUGCACUGCUGAAGGCAAUAUAAAAUGAAUUUUUUCCCACACAAAUUCGGAUGCUAAUGAAAUGACAACAAUAGUAAUAUUUUUGUCUCUGUCCUCAGAACCCUGGUAGACAUCAACAGGCCGUUUUUAGUGCACUGAAGAAUCUUUCCAUGCCAGGUGAGUUGGCCAUGUUGCUGAUAAAAGUACACAAAAAGUGACAUUAGCUUCAUAAGGUUUAAUGUGCUUUUGGCACUGGUUUGGUUGUCAUCAAUGGGUUGGACGUUUGACACAUGAUCAGCCUCAUUUCCAGUGUCUCUUGUCGUGAGCUGAAAGAGUAGAAGCACUGGCAACAAGAUUUUUUGCGCUCAAGCAGCUGUUCAUCUUAUGUACAUCUACUAGUCACACAGUCACAUGAGCUUAGUAAUAAUCACAUGGACUACUCGAAAGUGAAAUUUGCACAACAUAAAAGGCUCUAACUUUGAAUUAACUCAAGACUAAUUUUGACUUCACUAAAGGCUUUUUAUUUUUGUAGCUGUCAACAAGGUGAAGCUUGUAGAGAACUCGAAAGUAAAAUUUGCACCACGUUUUCAGGUCGCUAAUUUUGAAUUCACUCCAGAGUAAUUUUGAUCUCACUCCAGAUUUUAAAUUUUUUUAGCUGUCAACAAGGUAAAGCUUGUAGAGAGUGGAUGUUUGGAUGUCAUUCUUCCUCUUUUGUCCACCCAGUCUCCCUUUGUUCAGUUCAAAGUCCUUGGUACACUGCGCAUGCUCCUGAUGGGUCAAAGUAAGUUUACACUUUAUAACCUUAGCAGUACCUGAUAUACCACCUCAUAUAUGAUGACUGAUACACUCAACCUUUUAAAGAAGGAAUGAUUGUGACCAUAUUUAAGGCAGUGAGUUGUGUGAUAAAGAGGUUGCUCAAUCUGUUUCUCAAUUUUUUGAUCCCGGUUUUGCCGAUGUCCUGGUAAUCUUCUUGUAUCCAGAAAGCUCUUUUUACAUUUAAGAUCCAAGUNUUUGGUGGUAGCUGUGGUGUGGGCGGUGUGGGGUGUGGGGGCGGGGGGGGGGGGGGGUGGGGGGGGGGGGGGGGGUGACAUCCUCGUUAACGUGUGCAGAAAUCAAGGUCUUGCUUCCCAGUAAUCAUUUUUACUGUAUUACCUCAUAGCUGCUGUAGCCAACAGGAUUGCUGCGAGUAACGAACACAUAAAGACGUUAGUUCGGUGCUGUGAGUCCAGCGGUCAUGAAGGAGUUAAAGCUGAGGCUAGCAGAAUGUUAGCAUUGAUUGUCAAGGAGUCAAAAACUGCAGGUUAGUGACAGAUUUGUAGUACAGAGCGAAAAUAAGUUUCGUGAGGGUGGGGAAGCGGGUGUUCAUGGAAGCAGACAUGCCAAAAAAAAAAGAAUGACUAUUUUCCAAUGGCUUUUUGAUCUACUUCGUCUUAUUUUACGUAGACUAGUAUAGGGUAUUUCCUGAUUGUUUAGUAAACGCAGAAUGUUUAUACCGUUUAUGUUUUACCGUUUAUGAGAAAUCAUUAAUAUUAUCAUCAGAUUUAAAUGAUUAAUAUCUUGUUUGUAUGCUGACGCAUUACUCUUCGUUGUCACCUGCAGAAGUAGCAGAACAAAUUAUAAAAUGCGGAGGACUGGCGCCCAUCGUUGCCAUGGUAUCGUCGGAACAUGACGUCAUGCAGAAUGAAGCCUUGAUAGCUUUGACAAUAAUUUCGUCCACAGUUAAAGGUUGAAUUUGUAGUUCCAUUUGUUUGUGUGUGUGUGUGUGUGUGAAUGUGAUGUGUGGAGCCGGAAGUACAAGGCUGUGGAAGUAACUGUAUUUGUGAAAAAAAAGAAAAAACAUACUUGUCCAAUACUCCGACAAUUUUAUGCAUGGCUUUGUUAAAUUUCUCUUUGUUUUCUCUUUUGCUUCGUUCUUCAUUGUUAUGCUUUUUUACAAUGUAGUAAUGUGAAGACAAUACAAUGCAAUGCCACGUAUAAAUUUUUCUGAGUAUUGGACGACCCUCACAAGAAAGAAAUCCCAAGGAAUUUAUGACAUGCUAUCAGGCGUUUAUUUUGAAGGGAGGGGAAGAACUUUCUUGGGAGAGAGACUUAAAGAAAAAUUUAAGGGAGGACAUGUUCGCAGGCCAAGGAAUGGACCAAUUCCUGAAUAAAAUAUAUGAAAAGUUCACGCCGUACUCUACCACCAGUCAGGGGCGGGUAAUAGGCUUCUGCACCAGUUCAAACGAAAGUAUUAAAAACUAGUCUGACUCCUGUCUAAUCAAGCUCAGCCCUAAAAGAAAUUAAAAACUCCAGUUUAAAACUCCAUCGCAACACGUGCCACUUAGUUACGUAUGAACGUAACUAUCGCCCUCGAUCGUUAACGAGUAGAAACUCCACUAGAAAACUUAGAUUACAACUCGUUCCCACUCUUACUUGUUUUAGCGCGAAUUUGUGACUUAAGACUACGGUGCAGUAGACACGAGUCUUAUACCCAAGCCCUUGCGUACGCUUGGCGCUCGUCUGUGAAAGAAGGAGUACGCCUGGGUACUAGAACGUACUAUAUGUUUGCUAUGAUAAUGAUAUGGUUAUCGCUAUGAUUUUGCUUUGUUUAUUUUUUUAACAGCCGACUUCUAUCCUAAAUUCAGAGAAAGUGGAAUCAUUCAAACACUCAUUAAGAUUAUUAAAAAACAAGGCGUCAAUCCCCAGACCUGUUACAAUGCGAUGGCCGUCUUGGAAUCAUUUUCGCUCAGAGGUUUGUUCUGUUUAUCUGUUGCUUUAUUUUCUCUUCUUUUACACCGAAAAGGAAACAAAGUAUCGAGUUUUUGUUUAGCGUCGGUGGGGUAGUCCUUGUUGUUGCCAUUAAUUCCGAACAUUACCGAAGGCCUUCCGAGGAUUUAUCGUAUUUUCUAAUGGUAGGACUGGAUAUUCAAUUAUGUAUCCCAUUCUGCCUGCACAUGUAGCUGUAGUUCAAUUCGACCACGCAAAAUGAACAUUAAAUGACUUAUCUGAGGAAAACAGCGAGUUUUGUUCAGAAAUUGUUGAGAAACAAAACUAAACAGUUAUCUGAGAGAUCAGUCAUAGAUUGUUGUAAGGAAGGGGUCUGAAAAAAAAUUAGAGGUUAAUAUUGGCGGUUAUUUCACUGGUACCUUUUGACGUCAUGUGCGUAGUUGUUGACCACUUUCCUCUUUAGUUAUCAUGUGACAUCGAAGUAGCCAAUGAGGAGCUGCGCUUUCGAGAAAAAGAUUUUAGGUGUUACACUAAUACAGGUGGAUACUUACAAAUGCUUUUCUUUGCAGAUUAUUUCCUUCGGGACUUAGAAAUAGCCGGACUCAAUCAGGCGCUGGAUGAUCUCACGACUCACGAAAAUUUAAACGUUAAGAAAAGAGCUUUGAUUAUUCUGACAAGGAUUAAGGCUCAGAAGAUUGCAGCAGAGCAGGAAUAA